CAAAACACUCCUUUAUUACGUUUUUUAUUUUCUCUUUCCUUUUAAUCGAUUCUGAUUACUGAAAUUCUUUUGUUUGAUUUAUUUGCUUAAAUCAGAUUAAAUUUCGCUGCUUUUAACGAUCUGAGCUAUGAUUCGGUUAUUUAAAGUAAAGGAAAAGCAGAAAGAGCUUGCUGAAAAUGCAAAUGGGGGAGCACCUAUCAAAAAGCAAACUGCAGGGGAGUUGCGUUUACACAAAGACAUUUCUGAGCUGAACCUACCUAAAUCUUGUACCAUAACAUUUCCUAAUGGAAAGGACGACCUGAUGAACUUUGAGGUUUCAAUUCGACCUGAUGAAGGAUAUUAUUUAAAUCAAACAAGUAUUCGACUGACUGGCUGCUGGUUUUAUAGCGGUGGCACAUUUUUGUUCUCCUUCCAAGUUUCUCCCAUCUAUCCGCAUGAGGCACCAAAAGUUAAGUGUAAGACCAAGGUCUACCAUCCAAAUAUUGACUUGGAAGGAAAUGUUUGCCUUAACAUCCUUCGUGAAGACUGGAAACCUGUGCUCAAUAUAAACACCAUAAUCUAUGGAUUAUAUCAUCUUUUCACGGAACCAAAUUACGAGGAUCCCCUCAAUCAUGAUGCUGCUGCAGUGUUGAGGGAUAAUCCAAAGAUGUUUGAGUCUAAUGUGAGAAGGGCUAUGUCUGGUGGUUAUGUGGGGCAAACCUUUUUCCCACGGUGUAUCUAGCUUUUGCAAGGUAGCUCAAAGUGCUAAUGCACACGUGUUAUCAACACUUGAGUUUCCGUGGGAUGUAUAAUUUGUCUGCAAAUUACCUUUGUCAUCCCCUUUGAUUUUCUCAGUGGAGCUAAUGGUAUUAUCUCCUAAAAGACCCACCAACUGAAAUUCCAUCUAUGCUUUAUUGCAGCUUUCCUAAUGCUAUUGUAUGUUGCUGUGGCA